UGGCGGAGGCCCCGUGCAGGCGCGGCCAUGGCGGGCCCGGCGCGGGUGCCGGUGGUUGACGUGCAGAGCGACAACCUGGCGGAGCURUGGCCGUCCAUGGUGCUGGCGCUGCGCUCCGCUACCUUCGUGGCCGUGGACACGGAGCUGAGCGGCCUCGGCGCCAGAAAGUUGCUGCUGAGCCCGUGCAUCGAGGAGCGGUACAAGGCCGUCUGCAGCGCCGCCAGGACACGCUCUGUCCUGUCCCUCGGCGUSGCCUGUUUCAAACAGCUCCCGGAGAAGUCCGAGAACACGUACCUGUGCCAGAUCUACAACCUGACACUGCUGUGCACGGAGGAUUAUGUUGUGGAGCCCCAGUCCGUGCAGUUCCUCGUGCAGCAUGGCUUCGACUUCAACAAGCAGUAUUCCCAGGGCAUCCCUUACCAUAAGGGCAACGACAAGGGUAACGAGAGCCAGAGCCUKAGCAUUCGGACGCUUUUCCUGGAGCUCAUCCGAGCAAAGAAGCCGCUCAUUCUCCAUAACGGCCUGAUUGACCUGGUGUUCCUGUACCAGUGUUUCUAUGCUCACCUCCCAGACAGCCUCGGCACCUUCACUGCUGACCUCUCAGAGAUGUUCCCAGCAGGAAUAUAUGACACCAAAUACGCUUCGGAGUUUGAGACUCGCUUUGUAGCGUCCUACUUGGAGUACGCCUACAAGAAGUGCAAGAGGGAGAACUGUAAGCUGAAGGAUUCCAGUGGGCAGCACCUCACCGUGGAGUUCUGCAAUUACCCUGCCAACKUGGCCCGGUACAUCGACUACCGCUACUGCUCCCUGGAAGAAGAAAGCCACGGCACUGAAGGGGGGAAUAAGGUGCCCGUGUGUGAGAAAUUUUCAGCCUAUGGCUGGUGUCCAAAAGGGGUGAAGUGUCCACAGUCUCAUAACAUUGACCUCAUCAUUGAUGAGGACGACAAGCUUUGGGAGAAGCGAAAGAAACGRAAGCACAGAUGGAAGCAUCGGAAGAACAUGAAAGAGGCUGAAAAGGAGUUCCAACGGGAAAGCUCAGGGGAAAAAAUGGAGCAAGCUCAGAAUGGGGAGGAGGGACCACCACGGAAACAGAGCUGCUAUGAGCCUGCAGCUGCUACAGAGCUGGCAGAGAUCGCACCCAAUGGAGAGAGCAGGCCACUGGAGGAGAUCUCCAUGGAUGUGGAAACGGAGGUCAGCUCAGACACCAGCACACACUGGGAAGAGAAUCUGGGGAGCACUGAAAGAACUGCCCAGGGAGCAGCUGCCCUGAGCCCUUCUGCCAAGGGAAAUGCCUCUGAUMCUGAGCACGUGGAGAGGAAGUCAAAGGUUYCYGCUGGGYUGGGCUCAGCCAGUCACCCAGGCAYCCCUGAGACUGAAGCAGCAGGUGCUGCAGGAAAGGAAAAGGAAAUCCAUGGCCCUCCUUCACAGGGGGGCACACACCGAGCUGGCUUUGAUGCGUUCAUGACCGGCUAUAUCAUGGCUUAUGUCUGGAUGCUCAAGCAAGGGAAAAACACAGACGCUGGUGCAGGGCCCUGGUUGCCAGACUGCCAUAAUAAACUGUACCUCAGUGGAAAAUCAGUGCCACUGCAAAUAGUAAAGAGCUUGUUUUCUAAAUCUUCCAAAGCUCACAGCGAGAAGAUAAAGUUGGCCUGGAACAGUGCAUAGAGCUACAAAACUCCUCAUUAAACUGGGCUGUUUUUUUCUCCUCCAAGUUUUGGAGUUCUUUUUUCCAUCAAGAACUCACCACGAAUGGAACAGGUUUUAUAUUCUUGUUUCUGUUUUAACAUCUGACCGAUUAAAUUGCUCUCAGUUGGAGUUGGCYGUGUUCCUUAGUGGCAUGCUGGGAUGUGAAGGCAGGGUUGAGGCUGAAGAAGGGGGAGAAGUGCACCUUUGGUUACAGCGUGCACAGACGAGACCUUUGCUCCUACAGGAAGGGAAGGAGAAAGUUUCUCCCACAUGGGCCAGCUGAUUCUAGUGCAGGCUARCUGCAUACAGAACCAUAGCAGGUCUUCAGACUUUCCAAGGGGAAAUGGAGUGGAGCUGAAAGACAGAUACAUGAUCCUGAGAAACUGCAGAGCUUCCAGUGCUGCUGAAGCAAUUUAGGGAUAGAAUACAGCAGCCACCGUGGCAAGCAUCCUGCAGGCUGAUAUCAAAAGCCAUCUUAUCUGGUAGGUCACAAGCUAUGGCCUACACUUCAGAGCACUAACACAGGGCAGAAAAGGAAAAAUCCUUCAGUCUCAUGUAUUUUACAGUAAACAUAUCAGUGAGAUACAGGAGAGAAAUAACACUGACUGAAGAUGACAGCUUUCAUUGUGUUUAACUCGGCACCGAAUAAUGGCAAAUACAAUCUCGUGCCAGGUAUUGAUGCCAUUUGUAGCUUAAGUAAGAACAUUUMUAGAGUUGUCUUCUUAAUCACAAGACUCAGGCCUUGAUUUCAUUUUUAUUUUGAAAGCAAGUUGGGAAAGUUUACAAAACCUGACCAAGAAAAAAAUUAUGAAAAUAUUUAAGUGGAUUCAUCUUUGGUUACUUCUUAUUGCAGUUCCAAUAACACAUACACCAUUUCUAUAGUUCAAAAAAGUCAGAAGGUCAAUCAACAUAAAAACAAGACGUGCUUUCUUUACAUAUUCAUAAAUAUCCGCAAUAUUAGAAAAGUUGUUUCGCAAAGAUUUUUUUUCUGGCAGUGUUAACUUACUAUUAUACACAGGCUACAAACUUCUUCCUAAGCCUUUAAUUACAAGUUCAGCUAUUUACAGACUGCAAAAUAUUAAGACGUAAAACUCCUUCAUAAAUACGAAAAUAGAUCAUCUCGCAAAGAUCUUUAUACUUAAUCAAAUAUCUGGCUGCCCCUCCUCCCAAAAGAAAGGUUAUUUGUUUUGCAUAGAAAUGUAGUGACAUGCAAUAUAAACAAUAGCAUUAAGUGCAAACAGGAAUUAUUCAAGUGUCUUUAGUUGUACUGGCAAAAAAUACCAAUGUUCUGUUACACAUAAUACAUCAAUGCCUCUCCAACAAGUACAAGUCUGCUACAGCCCCUUGGCUGUGCUGCUUUUGGGGGGCAGCAAUUCACAUGCAUUCUCUUGGCUGCAUUUUAUCAACCUGCAACCAAACAAAWAUAGCUUAUAACAGACAUUUAAAUGAACUCAACACAGAUUUAAAGUGAAUUAAAAACAUCUUUGAUCUCUUCAGGGAGAUGUGUAGCAACAUUAGAAAGUACUUUAAAAGAGCAMAAACUGCUCCUGUAAAGUCUAAAUCAUGGUAAAAUCCAAUCACAAUAAAAUUUUGUCACCUCACUAUAAAAAAAAGGAGUUUGCUGACCACAUGUUCAUAUUCAUGUUUAUCAGUAGCUGUCAGAAAAUGGCCCUCUAURGAAAAGCAACCUCAGUAGGCAGAAAACCUAGGAGUUACUAGGUGCAGCCUAGAUUYAGCUUUACACAGCCAAAGGGAUGAGAUUUAGUGAUUUCCAACUGCAUCCAGACCCUUGCAAACACUGGGUUUCAGCGACCACUUUGUGAUUUUUAAAAUGACCUUUUACUCCAGUUUCAUAUGCAUGCCUCUUCCCAGGCAGACAGUCCAGGAAAAGCCUGAGCUGCUACUACUUGGCAUUUCUAUUUCUGACAUCUCCACCUCAGUACAAAGAGCCAGAAAAGUUGAUAGUUGUGCCCAAUGCAUGUCAACUGCUUGUGCUUAGAGCGGACAUUUAAGAAAAUAAAAUUGUAGCUAUGCUGCUUUAAGCGUUAUUCAGGGCAGGGAAACAUUGUAAAGACAGCAGCAUGAGAGAACAGAUGAGGUCACUGCAAUGGGUGCCCCGGAGGUACCCAAGCCUGACUGCUCAAGCUUUGCAGUCAGUGUCAGAGAGGGCRACAGGCUUUGUGAUGAGGGGUGGGCACUGACAGCCAGGGCUCCUGACAGGAACCACAGGGCAGCCAGAGGUGUGCGUGUACGCUCCGGUCAGGCUGCUGGAGGAUGCUGGACAGCUUCCCUCAGCCUGGUGAUCCAAAAGUAAACUCAUUAUUGCUUGUUUGUCUGAAGUCACAUACCUAAAUGCAUCGUGUGACAACAGCAGCUGGUGCGGAUGGUUUCUCUCCCAGAAGAUACAAUUGUAGCAAAG